AGUUUUGAUGCAUGGGGAGAGUGGUCUGUCUGUAAGGAGCGCCGCAGAAAUUCUUUUUUCACCCGAGUUUUAAAGGAAAAGUCUUGGAAUAGACAGAAAGGAAUGGAUUUCACGGUAUCCCACCUCGGCUCUGUAUUGAUUAUUCUCAUUGCAGGUGUAGCCAAUGGCCUGGAGAUCACAUCCCAGGGGCCCACGUCCAUAGAGAAGGCCAGCAGUGAGAGCGUCAAGCUGGACUGCCAGUUCUCUCUGGCCCCCGAGGACUCUGGCCCCCUGGACAUUGAAUGGAGCCUGCUGGCCUCCGACAACCAGAAAGAGGAUAAAGUGGUGAUCCUGUACUCUGGGGACAGGGCCUAUGAGGACUACUACCCUGCAGUGAAGGGGCGGGCCCACUUCAACUCAGCCGACCCUAAGAAUGGCGACGCCUCCAUCAACCUAACGGGUCUAAAGUCUAGUGACACUGGGACCUACCAGUGCAAGGUGAAGAAGGCCCCGGGCAUCCGCAGCAGGAAGAUGCUGCUGACCGUCAUGGUGAGGCCGUCCAAGCCCAGAUGCUAUGCCGAGGGCCCCACCCAGGAGGGUAAGGACGUGGUCCUGAGGUGUAUGUCCAGUGAAGGUACCAACCCCCUGCAGUACACCUGGGAGAAGACCAGCGACAACAAACUGCUGCCUGCCUCCGCCGUGCUAGACCCUGUGGGAGGCACCAUGAACGUAAGGAACGCGUCCACCAGCUCCUCGGGAACCUACCGCUGCACAGCUAAGAACCGAGUGGGCAUGGAGGAGUGUAUUCUACAGCUUGGCAUCACUCCCCCCCCCAACACUGCUGGUAUCAUAGCUGGAGCCAUCAUCGCUGUUCUGCUGGCCCUCAUCAUCAUCGCCAUCAUCCUCUUCUGCUGCUGCCGCGCCCGCAACAGGAAGAAGUACGAGAAGGAGAUCUCCUACGAGAUCAGAGAGGACGUCCCCCCUCCGAAGAGCCGCGUGUCGACAGCCCGCUCCUUCACCAGCGUGGGCAGCCAGCGCUCCUCCCUGGGCUCCAUGUCCCCCUCCAACCUGCACGAGUAUGCCCUCAAGCCCCAGUACGACAAGAUCCCCUCCGUGGAGGAGUACGAGAGGCCCCCCAGCCACGCACCCCUGCCCCCGCCCGUCGCCAGCAAGAUGGCCGGCCCCAACCUCAGCCGCAUGGGCGCCAUCGCCGUCAUGAUCCCCGCCCAGAACAGGGACGGCUCCAUCGUGUAGUGGAAAGAAACAGAGAAAGAUGGAGGGAAAGACUGGGGGACACUAGCCAGAGAGGUGGGGUGGCUGUGCUGCCUGAUUCUACCCUCCACCACUCACCACCAACUGGGACCCCCACUCUUCUCUGCUCUAUGGAGGUCUGGGUGUGGUGUUGUACUGAGGAGAAAAGAGAAGCCGUAUUGUACCAUGUCAUAUCAGACCCGCUAUGAACUAUUUACUGAAGACAAAAAACAGAGUUUUACUUCCUGAACUUUCUGACAGACAUAUGAAAAAUAUGAAUUCUAGGUUUGGUACAUUUGAAUGGUCAAUUCACACAGGUUGCUUUGUACAUAGUUGAAUGCAUUAUGCUUUUUAUCUAGCCGGCCCUGUCCAUAGAGAGGUGUGUUCAGAGCAGACCAAGGUCUCUGAUUGGCCUAUGGUGUGUGUGUACCAUGUACAGUAUUACAGCGUUCUGUGUAUGUUUCUGGGGGUGGGAAAUGUACACUUCUACUCUACUGUCUUUGGAUGAAAUACCCACAUAAUGAUCAGACACAUGUUUGAUCAAUUCACUUCUGUAACACACACCACUUUUUAAAGCUGUCUCAAGAAUAGGGGUUGCCGAAGGGAUUUUAGAGUUCUGCUUUUCAAAAUAAUUUGUUGUCAAGUAGUUACCUUUUUAAUUAUGUUCAUUCCACUGGUUGGACUGUGGCUGAUGUAAUGGUCAUGUUUGCCAGCCCUAAGAGAAAUUAGGUCAGCUGGUUGUUAUUUCGACAGUUGACCGUUUGAAAUGUCCAGCUUGGGCUGGAGGGGACGGAUGGACAGGGUUGGCUAACGACACGGAAGGGGGAGUUCAAACCACCACAUCUUGUGAUUAGUGGAUGAUUGUUUCUUUGUCUGGUUUCCAGUCCACCCCUCCAGUUCCUAGAACAGGCAGUGUUUUGGAUAAUAAGGGGGUAAAGGGUGAGGUUCACUGAGCAAUCAUAUUUGAUUGUGUUUGACUGCCACCAGCCCCCCAAACCCUCUGACCCCGCCAGUACACCCCUUCCCUCCCCCCAACACUGUAUGCUAUUAUUAACCAUCUCUGGUGUUUAACUAUCAAAUCCAAAGGUUUCCCCACAGUUAACCCCUGAAAAUGUUAUAUUUGUAACUGCACACUCAGGAUUCGAUAUCUCGAUGAAACAACUCUCAAUGGUCAUUAUGAAGUAAAAUAUGUUUAGUGGUUCAUUCAUGCACCACCAUUCAUGAAGGAUAAAUGAAGUAUGUACAGUUUAGUAGUUUACAUGAUAUAUGGAAGGAAGUGAGUGUUAAGGGGAAGAAGAAGAUAUUAGAAUACUGAGUCACAGGUGUUAGGUUUAGGCUGCACCAACAGUACAGUAACUCUGUUUUCCAGGGUGUCUGACGCACCCAUGCUCUCUCACUCUCACACAUACUCACAGCCCCCCAGUCAGUGCUUCUGCUCAGCCCAGAUGGGGUGUUUCUGGGAUUGACAUCACUGUUCUUGUGCCUUGUCCCUCCUGACUUGUAUCACACACAUACUGUUACAGCUACAGGCCACUAGGUGUGUGGGUGGGUGGGUGGGUGGGUGUGUGUGUGUGUGUGUGUGUGUGUGUGUGUGUGUGUGUGUGUGUGUGUGUGUGUGUGUGUGUGUGUGUGGGUACCCAGACUCCCAGGCUGUGCUCUAGUCUUCUAUCGUUGCUAUGUGCCAUACAUUUUGUAGCCAGCUGUCGUUGUAUGAUACAUGGCACAAUAGUUGUCUACAGUACAGAUGUAGUAUGUCUGUAGUACUAGGCCCACAUCGGGCAUGACAACCAGUCCACUUUUCAUGGUUCUGGUUCCUGUGUAAAUCCACAUCAACUGAGUGGAGGUUGGUUGCUUUACUCCCCCAUCCAAAUUAAAUUUUUUUUCAAUUACAUUAGCUCUGUGUUUAAACAUUAGCAAUGAAAAAUAUAUAUAUAUCCCAAACAUUGAUUCAUACAGUUGUUGCUUAUUUUUUCAGUUUUAAUGCAUUAUUUGAGUUUUUUUCUUUAUUUUUAUGAAGUCUUUGGUUGUAUGUGUAAAUAUACUGUAAAAGUGACACUAUCUCUAGAACUAAUCCCACCACACUUACUCUAAUGCUCUCUGUAUGUAUGAUGAUGCUCUGCAGUGCUUUGCUUGGUUAAUGUGUAUCUAAAACAUGAUCGCUGGGUCUUAUAACAGUAGAGGGUGAAAGCCCACUGAUGUUAAUCAGGUCGGCACCACUGGCAUUCUACUGUAGCUAUGUUUCAAUAUCCACAUUAGCUUAUAAAUUAUGAUGAAGCAAUAGCAUGCAUUGUAAAUAGUAUACUAGUAUGGUUAAUGAAACACACCCCGACUCUGUGUGUAUGAAUAGAAUGUAGUAGAUUUGAGGUGGAUGAAGUGGGGGUGACAGGUGAAGAGCUCUUGGAGUUGUAGCCCCACGCCCCUCCUUGUUGUGGCAGGUGUAACCUCACACAUGGGGACAGCAGCCACAUCCUCCUGCUACACCGAGACAGGACGUGAAACCCACCCCGUACACUACCCCAAGGCGGCAGGUAGCUUAGUGGUAAAGAGCGUUGUGCCAGUAACCGAAAGGUCGCUGGUUUUAAUCCCCGAGCCG